AUGGCCGGUGUAGAUCUCUUUGAGUCAAGUACAGACAAAUGGUACUUUUCCUAUGGAUCCAACAUGUCACUUUCGGUCAUGAUGAAACGCGGCGAUCUAAACCCGCGCCGCGUGGAGGUUGCUUAUUCGGAGAACUACUCUCUAUGCUUCAAUGUGUCUGGAAUUCCAUAUACGGAGCCAGCGAUGGGUGGUAUAUGUGAACGAGUUGACGUGGACCAAGAGCCUGUGUACGGCGUUUCGUACUUGCUCACUGAGAAAGAGUUCAGUCGACUAAUAGCGAGCGAGGGUGGAGGUAUCGCCUAUCGAUCAAUUCAGAUUGAUGUAAGCCUUCUCAGCGAUGGAUCCAAUCUUUCUGUAUAUACUUUAGCUCCUCGGCGGCCUGUGGCGUAUGGGGCUCAAGCCCUUCCUUCUCCGCGAUAUCUGACCUUGUUGAUUAAUGGCGCAAGUGAGCAUCAUCUUCCCCAACACUACCAAGAUAUGCUUCUUCAGCACCCAACUUUUACACCUAUACAAACAAAGAGGUGGCUUUUUGGUCGAUGGCUGUUCGGUGUAGUGUGGCAUCCAGUUAGUCGUUUCAUUCAAAAAGGAGUACGUAAAUACCGCAGCGAUUCGGGCCAUGUACCAGAGUGGUUUCUGAUAGGCUUUGACUGUUUACUUACGCUCAUGUGGGCACAUCACGACUAUAUUCACGGGGUUUUAUGGGGCCGUGGCGAUGGGCGUUAA